AUAAGUUAAUUAGUAAAUAGCCAAUGAGUUAAUGAGAUAGGGUCAUGUGAUCAGCAGUGCGGAUAAGUGGCUACAUCACUUUGAAUUUUGACACCCGCAAGCUGACCAUUCAGUGCACGAAGCACGUGUAUUUUGAAGAUCUAAUUCACUUGGAUCGCUGAAAAAGCUAAAAAGCCUGUGCUUCGUAAGUUCAUUUUUGGAGAUAAUAUUAGUAUCGUUAUUAUUAUUUAUACAUUUUUGGGGGUCAGCAAUUAACGCUAUUUAUAACGUUGCGAGGUGUCGUACCCCGAAAUAUGGCGUCUGGACUUAAUGUGUGUAUCAUUGGACAUUCCUAUAUCCGUCGAUUGGAGGAAUUUUGUUUGUCUCAUGGGAUUCAUAAUUUGAGAUUGGAUGACAGUUUUAAUGUGAAUUUCCGGGGCAAAGGGGGUCUCUGUUUGCGCCACCUGGGUAAAUCACAAGAGCAUUUUAGUGCAAGAAGGGAUCUGUUUCACUUAACCUCCAAGCCCGAUGUAGUAUUUCUACAGGUCGGAGAAAAUGAUAUCAGUGAAUUCACUUGUUCCGGAAAACUAGCAAGAGACCUUGUAUCUGUUGCAACAUAUCUGCGUGAUGGCGUUGGUGUGAAGGUGGUAAUAAUCGGACAAUUACUUCGACGAUUGCCUUUCGCAGCCUGUCGGGACUUUAAUGAUAUCAUAGUGAAGACGAAUACACAGCUGGAGUCCAUGACUGAAUCGGUGUCUGGGAUUCACUACUGGCGCCACAGGGGAUUCUGUCAGGUCUUAAGUUUCUUGGGUCCUGAUGGCGUCCAUCUGUGCUGCACCCCCGCACAUGACCAACCCAUGAGGAAGUUCCUUAGAAGCAUUCGAAAUGCGGUCAUUCAAAUGACUAAAUGAUUGAGGCCAGUAUAAGAUUAUUUAAUUGGCGUAUAAUAUUUCACAGCCGAUUGCUCUUGAGAAAAUUAAUACUUUC